AUGGCCACAGCAGGCGGAGGAGAAGAGGCAGCAGUACAACGUGUAUUACGUUUUAGUGACGUUGUACAAGAGUCACUGGAAAUUCUUCCACCCAUCGGCGGCUAUUCGAAAGUACCCCUUGUUUCACUUGAAGAGGCUGUCGAACCACUUGUUCCGAUUCUACCUGAUGUUCAAAGUCAUGCAUACGCCGCUAAAUUAAAAUGUAAGAAACCUGCCGAUAAUUUAACACAAGAUGAAUCUGCUUCGAUUAUGCUGUACACCAUGGGAUGGGAGCCUCUUGACACAUGUCUCUAUGUCGUCUUAAAUGACACACUACGCGCAAAAAAUCGACAACAGAAACUACCACUUUGGUAUCUUUAUUUGAGACUUUUUUUAAAUGCAUUGUUUCGCCUUCCGCUGAUUCCUACGACUGCAUACAGAGGUGUUAAAUUAGACCUAAAAAAUCGCUAUAUCGAAGGAGAAACAAUUGUGUGGUGGGGGUUUUCAUCGUGCACAACAUCUAUGGGUGUACUACAAUCAGACCUAUUCUUGGGUAAAAGUGGUACUAGAACUAUGUUUACCUUACAAUGUAAAUCAGCAAGAGAUAUCCGUAAACAUUCGUUUUUCCCAACGGAAGAUGAAGUGCUUCUUAUGGCCGCAACACAAUUUAAAAUAGUCAGUUCUCUUGAUCAAGGUGAUCUUCAUAUGAUUCAAUUGGAAGAAACUACGCCACCUUUUCCACUCCUAAAACUGGUACCUAUAAUUGGCUCAUUAUCACUGAAUUCAAAUCCACCUGGUGAGCUCGAAAGAUAA